ACACACUGUGCGGGCGCGGCUUCCUGGGUCCCUGGCAGCGGCCUGUUCGCCGGCGGCAGCAGCAUCUACGCUCCCAGAGCCGCGGAUGCGCGUCCAGUGACCGGUUCAGCGAGGCCCGCGCACGGCGGGGGCGGCGGCAGACGCCUGGCCACCGUGACCCCAAUUUUGGAUUUACCGCUGGGGGGGUGGGGGGAACCUGGAUUUAAUUGGCGACUGUUUUGGGGGACGCAAGACGCCAUGUUGUGGAAAAUAACCGAUAAUGUCAAGUAUGAAGAGGACUGCGAGGACCGCCAGGACGGGAGCAGCAAUGGGAACCCGCGUCUCCCCCACCUCUCCUCGGCCGGGCAGCAUCUCUACAGCCCCGCGCCGCCCCUCUCCCAUACCGGAGUCGCCGAAUACCAGCCGCCGCCCUACUUCCCACCGCCCUACCAGCAGCUGGCUUACUCGCAGUCGGCAGACCCCUACUCGCAUCUGGGAGAAGCGUACGCCGCUGCCAUCAACCCCCUGCACCAGCCGGCGCCAACCGGCAGUCAGCCGCAGGCCUGGCCCAGCCGCCAGAGCCAGGAGGCGGCUGGCCUGCCCUCGCACCACGGGCGCCCCGCCGGCCUGCUACCCCACCUCUCGGGGCUGGACGGUGGCGCCUUGAGCGCUCGCAGGGAUGGCUACCGCCGCUCGGACCUCCUGCUGCCCCACGCGCACGCCCUGGACGCCGCGGGCCUGGCGGAGAACCUGGGCCUGCACGACAUGGGGCAACAGAUGGACGACGUGCAAAUUGUGGACGAGCAGCACCUUCUUCUGCACGAUCAGACUGUUAUUCGCAAAGGUCCUAUUUCAAUGACCAAGAACCCCUUAAGCCUCCCUUGUCAGAAGGAGCUGGUGGGGGCUGUGAUGAACCCCAGUGAGGUCUUCUGCUCCGUCCCUGGAAGAUUGUCCCUUCUGAGCUCCACAUCUAAAUACAAAGUGACAGUUGCUGAAGUCCAGAGGCGGUUGUCCCCGCCUGAAUGCUUAAAUGCCUCAUUACUGGGAGGUGUGCUCAGAAGAGCCAAAUCUAAAAACGGAGGCCGGUCCUUGCGGGAGAAGUUGGACAAGAUCGGGCUGAAUCUCCCGGCCGGCAGACGGAAGGCGGCCCACGUAACCCUCCUGACUUCCUUAGUAGAAGGGGAAGCUGUUCACCUGGCCCGGGACUUUGCGUACGUCUGUGAGGCCGAGUUUCCCAGUAAACCGGUGGCUGAGUACUUGGUCCGACCGCAUCUCGGGGGACGGAACGAGAUGGCGGCGAGGAAGAACAUGCUGCUGGCCGCACAGCAAGUGUGUAAAGAAUUCACGGACCUUCUCAACCAAGACCGGACACCCAACGGGAACAAUCGGCCGGCCCCGGUGUUGGAGGCGACCAUUCAGAACUGUCUGUCUCACUUCAGCCUGAUCACCCACGGGUUUGGCAGCCAGGCCAUCUGCGCCGCCGUGUCUGCCGUGCAGAACUACAUAAAGGAAGCUUUGGUCACCAUAGAGAAAUCCUACAUGAACCCUGGAGACCAGAGUCCGGCCGACUCCAGCAAGACCCUGGAGAAGAUGGAGAAGCAUCGGAAAUGAAAUGGGCGGGGACGAAGGAUCAAAGAGUCUGGAAGGGGGAAAAACCCAAAACCACUCUCAGCUGCACAGACGGGGGAACUCCUCUGGCCUGGGGGACACGUUGAGCUUGUUACCCCAGUUCCCAUGAAAAAGGUCUCUGUUGUCCUCUGGAUUUUGACCUGCCCUCUUGGAGUCCUUAGUAUUUCUCUGGCGCCGAAGCAUCUCUCCUUAACUCUGCUCGAGUUAUCGGAAGGUGACAAGUACCAGUUCUGGACCCAUUCAGCUUACAUUUUAUUAUUUCAAACCCCC